AUGUCUGUUGAUAACGUUGUCAAGGUUGCUAAUAUAUCAGCCUUGGUAACCGAACCAAUUUUGAGACAAUUAUUUGAAUAUUUGGGUGAAGUCAUUAAUCUAAAAUUACAUAACAGUCCUCAUGGAGAUGGUGUGCAAGAAUGCAUCGUGGAAUUCAAAGACACCUCGUCUGCGAUAACAGCACUUCACCUCACUGGUGUUGAAUUAGGAGAUCGUACUUUAAUGGUCUCUUCAACCACUGCGCCAGCCGGGAUAAAUGACUAUACAAAUCCAUUUCAACAACAAAUCCCACCACUAUUGACAGCAAUAACGCCACCGAGACCUCCGCCGUCGAUGAAACAAAUACAGUCAAUCCCACCAAAACCGAUGGCCGCUGUAGUUUCAGCAGCAUCGAUUCAACCAAUAUCGGCGAGCUCACUUGCUGUGAUUCGUGCAAAUCCGGCCAUUUCACCGACAGUCGCGCAAUUUGAUCCCGCGAAAGCUGAGGAGAUAUCGAGAACGGUUUAUAUUGGGAAUAUUAAUUCUUCGAUAUCUGAACCGGAAUUGACGCAGUUUUUUUCGGCUUGUGGACCGGUCGCUUAUGUCAAGAUGGCUGGAGAUCCGGCUCAACCUACUAGAUUUGCCUUUUUGGAGUUUGCUACUUAUGAGGGCGCGCAGGCUGCUAUGCAGAUGAACGGCGUUAUGCUUGGAGAGAGACCUUUAAAGGUAAACCAUUCAAAGAAUGCUAUCAAUAAAACACCGAAGAAAAAUGAUGCUCCUGAUGUUCAAGCGACUAUGCGACGAGUUCGUGAAGCUCAGGCAAGAAUUCAAAGCCGUUUGAGCACCAGUGAGACGACCCAACCUGACGAUAGUCCUAAUGGUAGUGCUCCAUUGGAAGAUAUUGUAAUGGAAGAUGCUUCUCCUGUCCCUGAUGUAAAAACUAGAAGACGUAGCAGUUCCAGGUCUAUUAAACAAAAUGGAAGUAAAUCCAGAUCCAGAAGUAUAAGCAGAGUUAGACGACGUAGAUCGAGAUCAAGAGAUAGAGACCUUGCUUUAGACUAUCAUUAUCGCCAUCGGCGUUCUCGUAGUCGUUCAAAAGACCGUUUUCGAGGUGCGUGA